ACUUGCAUUGGGAAAAGAAACUAAGAGAUAGAGAGAUCUAGAGAGAAAGAGCGAGAAAUCUAGAGAGAGAGAUGGCCGACACCGCCAAGAGCACCGUGGACUCGCUGUUGGGCACCUUGGCUAGAGUCAUCGGCAACGAGGCGGAGCUACUGGGCGGAGUCCGGCGCGACAUGCAGUUCAUCAAGGACGAGAUGGAGAGCAUGAACGGCUUCAUCCUGGACGUGGCCGACCCCACGGAGCAGAGCAACCAGGUCCAGGCGUGGAUGAAGCAGGUCCGGGACGUGGCCUACGACUCCCAGAACUGCGUCGACCGCUACGUGCAGACCUUCGGUGGCGGCCACGGCUCCUCAGCGGGCCUCCUGGCAUCCAUCCGCCGGGCGCCCCGUGUGGUGCGGACCAUGCCGGAUCGACACCGCCUCGCGGUGCAGAUCAAGGAGCUCAAGGUCCGGGCGCGCGAGGUGGGGGACCGCCGAAAGAGGUACGGCAUUCAAGCUCAGAAGAUACAGAGCAGCAAUGCCGUUGAAGGAGGGGGAGCAGGCGCCAAGCUCGUCCUGGAGGAGGAGGUGGUAAAGGAGGAUGCACGGAGGCGCCGUGCUCUUGCCGAAGCUACCAGCCUCUUGGACACCGACGCCCAGGAGGUGACCGCUUGGGUGACCGGGGUCCGGGAACACCAUCAACAUCAUCAUAAACCACUUUUGAGUUCUGUUGCUAAAUUGUUGGGCAAAAUAUAUCCCACCGUCAAGAUGGAGGAGCUGCAGAAGGAAGUGGCCGCCAUUGCAAGACAGGCGUUUGGCGAUACGGACCCGGAUAACAUUGUUGAUGCUACCGCCUGCCUUAGCAGACGAAGCAGUGACAUCGGGUACAUGGAGUUCAGUGUGGUAAUCUCGUGGAUCGUUCAGCUGCUAGGACUUGGCCGAAAAGCAAACUCAGAAGAAGAUGGCGAUUCCCUUGAGGAAGACAGAGAGAAAGAAAUAAAGCCAGAACCAACAACCGUCGACGAGCAUUUUAAGAAGGCAAAAACCCCGUGGGACAUAAUCCACGCGGAGAAGCACUACUCAAGGCAGCUCAAAACUUGGCUGGGGAAGGUAUUCAACAAUUUCAUUGUCAAAGAACUAGUGCUGGGAAAUGCCUUCUUGCAAGCUGCCGUAAAGCUAAUACUGGGCAAUGCAUGGGUGCAAAAGUUCCUAGAUGUUGUCGGUGCCACCGCCACCGCCGCCACCAUUAGCGCCUCUAUCAAAAAUCACGCACCCGCCGCAGUCAUUGACUACAUCAGAAGGAAUGAAUCCGGGAUUGAGUCCGAGAUUGCUUGGUUAAAAGAUAUCGUUUCAGACGGCCGCUUGUCCAAAGAUGGACGACGGCCUAGACUCCUUGCAAUUGUAACACCACCGGUUGAUGUCCCCUACCCAGAAGACGAGGAGGAGCCGCACGCAUACCGCCCCGCGACUAAGAUUGCGAGGAGGGUGCACGACAUCUCACUCAAAGCCAAGAAUUACGACUGUGUGGCUUGGAUCAACGCCAGGCGCUAUUCAGGGCGCAAGGAGAGGCUCCAGCUCUUACUGCAACAAUUGCUGCAUCCCUCAUCUGGUGACGAUCAAGAGGUUGACCUCCAUGUCGAGCCUCUCAAGACGGAGACGAGCACAUGGAGUGAUGAGAGAUUGCAGCGAAAGAUUCGUAGGCUGCUACAAGGCAAAAAGUUCUUGAUUGUUCUGGCUGAUCAUGAGGAUGUGGCACCAUGGGAAGACAUAGCGUCUGCUCUACCACGGCGUGGACAAUAUGAUGAUAAUAGCACAGUCAUUGUUACUCCAGUGAUACAACAGUCAGUUCAAUUUCACGGGUGGUAUUUAGCCAGCUGGUUGUUCUUGCUCAGUGCCUCGCGCUAUAAAGUGCACUUCUAUUCACAUAUUGAAGCUCUAAGCAAGAAAGCCAAUGAAUUGCUGGUCGGUGGCCACGAAAGUGAAGAGUUGAAGAGCAAUGUUAAAAGAAUACUGGAGAAAUGUCGUUGGGAUUCCUUUUCCACAGGGUUGUUUCUCCAUGCUCUGUAUGCUAAUCCUCGCAGAAGCAACAAUGAAUUGGUGGCGUUGCAGCAUCGAUUACAAGAUUUCAACACAGUGAGUAAUGCCAGGGAAAUCAUAAGGUUCUGCUACGACGACCUGCCCAGUCAGUACAAGAGCUGCUUGCAUUACCUAUCCAUGUUCCAUGGCCCCCAUUAUUCCAAUAUUAGGAGGGCAAGCUUAUUAAGGCGAUGGGCUGCUGAAAACCUCAUCACCACACGGCAUGCAUUGGAUGAAGCCGAGCGUGGCUUCAAUGCGCUGGUUGAUCGAGGCCUUGUUCUUCUCGGUGGUAUCAGCCCAACAGGCAAAGCCAAGACUUGUAGGGUACAUCCUCAUGUCUUAUCCUUCAUUACCAAUAUGGCCUGUGAGGACUAUGUUGGGAACACAGAUCUGCUACCUGCUGACUUGGCUCCCCGCCUUUCCAUUCGCAAUAGAAUGCAACUUCAACAACUCUCCAAUCAGCAACAGGCCACACAUUUCAACAUGUGCCGGCGAAUACCCAGGCGUACCACUCCAACGCAAGAAAAAAAUUCUAAAGACCCCUUGCCUGACAUAGUAAUGUUUCUGAACUCACUGCCUGCAUCUUCUCAACUGGGACUGAUCAAGGUUCUAGACCUAGAAGGUUGUCAUGGACUAGACAAGCAGAAACUGAAGAACAUGUGCAACAAGAUAUUUCAGCUCAAGUAUCUAAGUCUAAGGAACACAGAUGUUAAGGAGCUGCCCAAGGAAAUCGGCAAGCUCCAGCACUUGGAGACAUUUGACAUGAGGGGAACCAAGAUAAAAUCAUUCCCUGUGAAUGUCGUGCUCCAGAAGCUAGUGCAUCUGCUUGCUGGUCACAAACACCUCAUGGAUCAAGCAGCUAGUGCCACUGGAUCUAAUGAAUCAUUUUGCAAUCUUCAAAUGCCUCAUGGAAUUAGGAGCAUGACAAACAUACAAGUGCUAUCCCAUGUUGAAGUCUCUGAUGUGAAAGAGUUGGAUGCUGUUGGUCAGCUGCAGCAGUUGAGGAAGUUGGGAGUAAUUAUCCCUUGCAACAACCCUGAUGUUAUCACCCACUUGCUUCGAGUAACCGGGAAGCUAGAUGAAUACCUAUCCUCGUUGUCGGUCCAUAUUGAAGUAGCAGAGGCUGAUGUUGACUUGGAUACAAAAGAUCAAGAUAUCUCACACCCCAGGUCCCUUCAAAGCCUUAAUAUCGAUGGCAAGAUAGCAAGGCUACCUACUUGGAUUAAAAAGCUUCAUCGACUUUCCAAGAUAGUUCUAUGCCGUACCUCCCUGAAGGCUGAUGAUAUAGAACUAGUCCUGGGUAAGCUUUUGCGGUUGCACACUGUUGUGCUGCGCUAUGACUCAUACAAAGACAACAAGCUUAAUUUUAAGGAGAAAAGAUUCGGACAACUCGAGCUUCUUGUCAUUGAUGGCUCAGACAUCACCAAAAUCAAUUUUGAUCCAGCUGCAGCUCCCAAGCUUGAGAGGAUUGUUUGGACUUCCACUUCCAGUAGCAAGGCAGACAUGUACGGGAUUGACAAACUCCCAAGCCUGAGACAGAUAGUGCUCACUGGCAGCUUCAACAUGGAUAGCAUCAAACCAGCAAUGUGCAAAAAUCCAAACAAUCCUAUCCUUACACGUAAGUUAAAGGGCGAUGCUGCUACUGCUGCCGCCGAUGCAAGUCCCAUUCCUGUUCCGCGGUAAAGAUUUAUUUCUGUUUGUGUGGUUUCAUGCAUUCGUGUGUGCUUGCGGACAGGCUUGUGUAGUUAAUACUUACCCUGGUUGUGUGACUUGUGUCUGGAUGUGUGAUUAUUUAUUCUUCAAUUGUGUCUGGGUGUGGGUCUGCGUGUGUGAUUACUUAUUCUGAGUUGAGUGUGGGAUUGAGCAUAUGGUUGUGUCUAUGCUCCUCAGUUGGAUUUGUACGUGUGGUUUCCUUUGGACCCGCUAGGUUCCAUAUAUAUGAUAAGUGUGGCGUG